CUGUGAGCUGUCUGCACUUGGAGUGUGGGGGGCCAGACCAGCUCCUCACUCUGCCUGCACAGGGGGAGCGCACAGCAGAACGGACCGGAGCAGAGCAAAUGGUACCGGACUGAUCCAAAACAGAACCUGGCAGUGGGAGGUUGCUUUCUGUACCAGAGAACACAACACACGGCUUGUAUAUUGAGCAAGGUUAAGUGUGAGCUGCUGAGCGUGGAGCAGAGGAGGUGACUGCUGGACACAGACAUGGCAGUGCGGGGGCUUUUGACCCCUCUACUCCUCAUCCUGAGCCUUGUUUUGGUGGGAGUUGUGCCUGGAGCUGAAGCCUCUGGAUACCUGUCAGGUUAUCGCCUCAGGUCGCGAUUACAGAGAGACCGCCAUUUCCGCAAUAUCCGACCCAACAUCAUCCUCAUCCUCACAGAUGACCAGGACAUAGAGCUCGGCUCAAUGCAGGCCAUGAACAAGACACGCCACGUUAUGGAGAAGGGCGGCACCCACUUCACAAAUGCCUUUUCCACCACCCCCAUGUGCUGCCCGUCCCGCUCCUCCAUCCUUACGGGGAAGUACGUGCACAACCACCACACAUACACCAACAAUGAGAACUGCUCUUCUCCAUCCUGGCAGGCCCACCAUGAGCCACAUACAUUUGCUGUGCACCUCAACAAUUCUGGCUACAGGACGGCUUUUUUUGGGAAGUAUCUCAAUGAAUAUAAUGGCUCCUAUAUACCCCCGGGAUGGAAGGAAUGGGUAGCACUGGUGAAAAACUCGCGCUUCUACAACUACACCCUCUGCCGCAAUGGAGUGAGAGAGAAGCACAGCAGUGACUAUGCAAGGGAUUACCUGACAGACGUCAUUACCAACGACAGCAUCAACUACUUCCGCAUGUCCAAAAGGAUGUACCCUCACCGUCCCGUCAUGAUGGUACUGAGCCAUGUGGCCCCACACGGACCAGAAGACUCAGCCCCACAGUACAGCACUGCCUUCCCCAAUGCAUCACAGCACAUAACACCAAGCUACAACUACGCACCAAACCCAGACAAGCACUGGAUCCUGCGGUACACGGGGCCCAUGAAGCCAGUGCACAUGCAGUUCACCAACAUGCUGCAGCGCAGGAGGAUGCAGACGCUGCUGUCGGUGGAUGACAGUGUAGAGAAGGUGUAUAACAUGCUGGUGGAGACAGGGGAACUGGACAAUACUUACAUUAUAUACACCUCAGAUCAUGGCUAUCAUAUCGGACAGUUUGGACUUGUCAAGGGCAAAUCUAUGCCUUAUGAGUUCGAUAUCCGAGUACCUUUCUACGUACGAGGCCCAAAUGUGGAGCAAGGCGCUAUUAACCCUCACAUAGUGCUGAACAUUGACCUAGCCCCAACUCUGCUCGACAUGGCCGGUGUUGAUAUUCCCUCAGAAAUGGACGGAAAAUCUAUUCUCAAGUUGCUAGACACAGACAAGCCUGUCAAUAGGUUCCAGGUAAACAAAAAGCCUAAAACCUGGCGAGAUUCUUUCCUCGUGGAGAGAGGGAAGCCUCCACACAAACGAGCUGAUGGAAAAGAGAUGGCCCAGGAGGAGAAUUUUUUGCCCAAAUAUCAGCGAGUAAAGGACUUGUGCCAAAAGGCGGAGUAUCAGACACCUUGCCAGCAGCCGGGACAGAAGUGGCAGUGUGUGGAGGACCCGACUGGUAAACUGAGGCUGUAUAAGUGCAAAGGCAUGGCCAGUCUCUAUGCCCCACGUAUGCAGGCGCUGAUGGCCAGCAGUGGGUCUAAACUGUCUCCCACGUCCAAUUUUGCCUACUGUAAUUGCGCCGAUUUAUCGUUAAAAACAUCCAUCCUAAAGAGGAAGAGACUGCUCACCAAAAAGAAGAUGAAGUCGACCAAAACAGUGAUGAGGAAGCGCUGGGCUCGCUCCGUGUCCUUUGAGCUGGAUGGAGAUCUGUACGCUGUAGACUUAGAGGAGGGCUACCGGCCACUGGGCACCAAGAACAGCAGCUGGGUCAAAGAUAAGAAGAACAGACUCCAGUACGAGGAGGACAAUGAUGAAUUCAGUGGAAUGGAAGUCACAGCCAAGCCUACUACCAGCAGCAAACUAACGCCCCCUACUGCUCUAAAGGUCACCUACAGGUGUUCUAUCCUGAUGAAUGACACAGUCAAGUGUGAUGGGGGUCUCUACAAAUCCCUCCAAGCCUGGAAGGACCAUAAACUGCACAUUGAGCAUGAGAUUGAAACUUUACAAAGUAAAAUCAAGAAUCUGCGUGAGGUCAAAGGUCAUUUGAAAAAGGUGCGACCAGAGGAAUGCCAAUGCAACACUCCAAGUUAUCUUUUUAAAAGUAAAGAAAUUUUCAAACUAAAUACGGAACAUAUUGAGUCUCUGGGAAUUCCAUCGUCAAAGCAGAAAGGACAGUGGCUGGCCAAGGAGCAAAAGCGCAGAAAGAAACUACGUAAAUUUCUCAAGCGCCUGCAGAAUAAUGACACCUGCAGCAUGCCUGGACUCACAUGCUUCACUCAUGACAAUCACCACUGGCAGACUGCCCCCUUUUGGACAAUGGGCCCAUUCUGUGCAUGCACCAGUGCCAACAACAACACCUACUGGUGCCUGAGGACCAUCAAUGAUACACACAACUUCCUCUUCUGUGAAUUUGCCACUGGUUUCCUGGAGUAUUUUGAUAUCAACACAGACCCUUACCAGUUAAUAAACGGUGUCAGCAGUCUAGACCGCAACACUUUAAAUUCAUUGCAUCAACAGCUCAUGGAGUUGAGGGGUUGCAAGGGACAUAAGCAAUGCAACCCAGAGAAAGGAGGCAAAGAGCGAAACUACUUCAGUGAAUACAGGCCAGUUCAUCGUCGAAAGAGGCCAAAAGUGAAGAAGCCUUCCUCCAAAUCGCUAGGGCAGAUUUGGGAAGGAUGGGUUGGUUAACUGCUCCUCGUGAAUUCAACCACCUACCACGAUGACCUCCUGCUGUUCAGGGAGUAGAACAUGAGAACGAGAGAAUCCCAAGGACCUUGACCACAUAGAUGAUGAUCACCAUGACCAUGAUGGACCUUUUCAGUUCUCUGGUUUUUAUCUAUUGAUUUUUAAAACCCCGUCCUAAGGGAAAGGUGAUCAUAAAACUGAAAGAACAAGAAGACCCACCGUUUGACAACAGUGUUUUGGGACACAUAAAACGUCUUUUAAUGUCUGUUCUGUCAGCUGUCAGAACCUUUGCCGCCAUAAGUGUAACUGGGUUGGGACUGUUUGGUGUGCACAAAGCAUUCAGUUUCACAGUACUGCUUGUAGAUACAUGAUUCUAUAUCUGCUUUACAUUGCUCUCUUCUUCAUCAAGAGAAACUGUAUAAAACGAUAUUCAACCCUGCUGCUACAAAACAUCACAGAGAACACAGUUUAUCAGUGACUUGUACGACGUAAACAGACACUGCAUAUGACCAACUGUGACCGAUGUUUUGCCAUAGACUUUUGUAAUAUAAUUCCUAACACAGAUGAAUGUCCUGUUUAAACAUCUCUCAAACUGUGUGAUGUAGAUGGCCUUUAUCCAUCUUCAUAGUGAGUUCCAUUUGAUCAUGCCUAACUAGAAAUCAGUUUAGCACAAUGGUAGAGAUCCAGAACAUCGCAUCAGUGAAUGCUACUAACCUUUUUUCUAUUGGUUCUCACUGUAGACACUUCUAUAGGUUGCUCAGCUUGCUAUACAUGGUGCUACCAGGUGAAAACACUGAAGAAAAUCUCGAUGUACAGUUCAGGAUGUAUUUGAAUGUAUGUUGUGCAAUGAA